UUUGGUUUACCCCCUGCAUGUGAGCAUGCUCAUCAGGGGUAACUUCCCAUACCUUAAUGAAUGCUUAUAAGUAAGCAGGAAGGAUAAUGUACUGUUUAUUUUGUAAUGCUUCGUAAGUUUUAUCUUCGAAAUUAACUGAGAAUUUACAGCAAUGCUAUUCGCAGGAACGUUCCUAUUAUUGGCAUUUAUAAUAAUUGUAAAUGGUACUUGUUCCCCUAAGAGGGAAGAAUUCAGUUCUGCCAUAAACGAUCAAGUCCUUGUUGGACCAAGUAUUGGUUCAGUUUCGGUACCGUCAGAGUACGUGUGUCAGUGGCAAUGCAUCCUCACCAGCCAUUGCAGCAUGUUCAACUAUGGACCAAAUGGAGAGUGUGAGGUCCUUGACAGUCGAUCUCAAAACUUUGUCAUUCAAAUCAGGACGGGAUGGUUCUUUAAGGCACAAAUGUGCCAUCAAGAUGUUUGUCAAAAUGGAGGAACAUGUUUUUCUACCAGCGAGGGCAACGCCACAUGCGUUUGCAAGGAAGGGUUUACAGGAGACAGAUGUCAAAACCUCCCUCCCUGUUUCGAUGGAUGGCAUCAUUUUGAGGGAAAGUGUUACAAGCUUUUCCUGGACCGCGUGGUGAUGAGUGUUGCUGAGCAGAAUUGUUUUGCCCAAGGAGGUCAUCUUGCUUCCAUCCACAGCAUGCGAGAAAACGAAUUCAUAUACAUAACAGUAAUAAAUAGGAUGGCAGGAAAAUGGAUUGGUUACAAUGAUAUUGCUAGCGAAGGCACCUUCGAAUGGACUGACGGUGAGCCUUCAGUCUUUCAAUAUUGGCAUUCGAACGCACCUAACAAUAAUAACGAGCAGGACUGCGUACUGAUGUCUGCUGCGAUAUAGGAUCAGUAGGGCACUGGGAUGACGUACAAUGUACACUAGAAAAACCAUACAUCUGUAAAAAGAACAGUAAUUAAGAAUCAGAUUAAUAGCCCACUUCCGAGAUAUACUUUGCUUGUCACACACAAAGGUUUCAGUACGAGGCUACGUGUUAAAUUUAUUCUUUUCUCUUGUUACUUCACUGAGCAUUAUGAACUAAGCCUCACACUGAAACCUUUGUAUGCAAGAAGUGAAGCAUGUCUCGGAAGUGGACUAUUAAUCUGGGUUCCAGACCGGGCUCUUUCGAUCCAGUGGUCCUUGGAAAACUACGACCGAGAAGCACUGGAGCGAGGGAGCAUGUAGAACCCAGGCUUAGUUGUUUAAAAAGYUCAAUUAGCGCUAAUCUAGGAUUUAAUAGCCUAAUCAAAGUUUUUUCCGUUGUUCAAAGCACGAUUAAUGUUUAUCUAGGAUUAAUUUGUGGUUUUACGAAGUGUCUAAAUGACCGGCAGACGGUCACAGAACUCAAAUGACUAAAUGGCCGGCAGUCGAAUUAAAAAAAAAAAUCAAGGUUAUACAAACUAAAUUCCAAACCUAAUGCUCCUACCUCGAUAAAGAACCGCCAAUCGAUUGCAUUUCUGGUUCUAGAACGAAAAAAUCGUGCUUCGUUUGCGGCCGGCAUAUUUUUCGUCACAUAUGCACACUGCCGGUCACAGAACUCAAAUGA